AUGGGUGUGGUUCCAGAAGAAGCCAUUAAUCAAUUUGAAGCAUUAAUGGAGGAAGGGAUGCUCUUAUUGAUGUUUAUUUUACAAACCCUUUUCUUAAUUUCUUAUUGUGUUGCUGUGAUUUCAAUAGCAAAAUUUACGUUCUGUAGAGAAGAAGAAGAAGAAAUGGGUGUCGUUCCAGAUGUAGCCAUUAAUCAAUUUGAAGCAUUAAUGGAGGAAGUUGAUGAACCACUCAAGAGAACUUUUCAGAAUGUUCAUCAAGGAUAUCCCAGAGAACCUUUAGUUCGUUUUCUGAAGGCGAGAGAUGGAAAUGUUAUGAAGGCCUACAAGAUGUUGGUUGAUUGUUUGAAGUGGCGGGUGCAAAACGACAUUGAAGAUAUUUUGGCGAAACCCAUUGUUCCCACCGAUCUUUACCGAGCAAUACGUGAUUCACAGCUUAUAGGAUUAUCGGGUUACUCAAAAGAGGGUCUCCCCGUUUUUGCUGUUGGAGUAGGUCUAAGCACUUGUGACAAAGCUUCUGUUCAUUAUUAUGUACAAUCGUACAUUCAGAUCAAUGAAUAUCGGGAUCGUGUCAUUUUCCCUGCUGCAACUAAAAAGUAUGGUAAGCACAUCAGCAAAUGUAUAAAGAUUCUAGACAUGACUGGCCUGAAGCUUUCAGCAUUAAGCCAAAUAAAGAUCUUGACCAUUAUGUCUUCCAUCGAUGACCUAAACUACCCAGAGAAAACAGUUACUUAUUAUAUUGUCAACGCCCCGUAUAUCUUUUCUGCUUGUUGGAAGGUUGUCAAGCCCCUUCUUCAGGAGAGGACAAAAGGGAAAAUCAUUGUAUUAUCUGGUUGUGGACAGGAUGAUCUAUUGAAGAUAAUGGAUUAUUCAUCCCUUCCACAUUUCUGCCGUAAAAGAAGUUCUGGCUGUUCUGAACAUUCAGACAUCUAUAUUGACAAUUACUAUUCCUUGGACCACCCCUUUCACCAAGAAGUUUACAAUUACAUUAAGCAGCAAUCCCUGAUUCGUGAACCUGUCAAGCCGAUAAAACAGGGAUCCUUGCACGUGGCUUUGCCUGAGGAUGCUGUUGAAGGAGCAGAGAUUGCAAAGACUCUAGAAUCUGAACUAGAGAAAUUUAAGGAUCUUGGUGGAUGUCCUGAAUCAUUGGAGGACCUGAAAAUCGACAAUGGUAAGUCCUAG